CUGGUCCCUGGAUCAAAUCAGUUACCAACCUGCCUUCGCUGUAGAAAUCACCAAUUCAGUGAUCAAGUUAAAAAAGCCCAUUGUUAUUUCCAUUAUAUUCUUUUUAAUACCAUCGCACAAUCGGGAGGAAUUGAAAAUGAUUUCUAGAUAUGGAUUAUCUGUGUUUUUAAUGAACAGAUAAGAUUUAUUUAUCUUUAACAAGAGGUUGUCGUGCACGUAUUGAAAAACAGCUUGUGUUUUGUUCUAUAGGUACCUAAGCUUUUAAAGAAAAUAUUAAUUUGCAAUGGCUAUCGAUCAGGAAUCAAGGGAAUCAAUGCAUUCAGAUCUGAAAACAAAGAAACAUAAAACCCACCCAUGGGAAAAAUUCUUCCAAGGUAUUGAGAUAACAUUAUACAUUUUGAGAUGGUUUUUACAAAUGAUUUACUAUCUGUGCGAGGAUGUCUUCAGAUUUUUUUUUCCGAGACAGCUAAAAUCUGUUGAAAAAGAAAUAGUACUGAUAACAGGAACUGGUCAUGGUAUUGGUAAAGAACUGGCCUUCAAAUAUGCACAAGCUGGAGCAAUAGUAGUUGGUUGGGAUUUCAAUAAAGAAAAUAAUGAAAACACCUUCAAAGAAAUCAAUGAGAAAUAUGGAAAAAGGGGUCAUCCAUAUACAUGUGACGUCUCAAAUUUGGAGGACAUCAAGGCAACUGCCAAGAAAGUUAGCGAAGAAGUUGGCGAUGUAACAAUACUUAUAGCUAACGCAGGAAUUCUUUACUGUCGCCAGGUACAGGAUUACACUCCAAUGGAAAUGAAGAAGAUCAUAGAUACCAACGUAAUGCAACUUUUAUGGUUGAUACAUGUUUAUUUCCCCAUCAUGGUAAAAAACAGCUAUGGACAUAUCGUGGGUAUUUCUUCAGUAACUGGUCUCUACGCUAGUCGAAAUAUGCUGCCUUAUUCUUGCUCAAAAUAUGCUGUUCGAGGUAUAAUGGAGGCAUUACGAGAAGAAAUAAGGGCAGACAAGAGCAAUAAAGUUAAAACAACAGUUAUUUAUCCUUACAUGGUGAACACAGGUAUGAUAAAGGUUUCAAGGAGCAGGUUUCAACAUUUUCUGAAGAUGUUGGAACCCGAGGAUGUUGCUGAAGGUAUCAUAGCGGCCCAACGGACAGAAAUGGAGGAGGUUUCCAUUCCAGGAAUUUGGAGGGUAGUGAACAACGUGGUGAGAAUCCUCCCGAGAAAAGCAAUUAAACGUCUUAUAGAUCUACUUGAUGCUGGUGUAGAGCCUGAUCCAAUUGAUAGUUUCUGAAAUAAAGAUUUUUAAUGUU